AUGGUUGGUGUUCCACGGCAUAUAGCGGAACACCGGCUAAAUGUCUCAGAGGAUGCAAAGCCAGUAGUGCAUGCUAAACGACAUCUGGGAGACAUCAAACACGACGCAAUGAAAGAACAAGUGUUAGAACUGCUAAACGCAGGAAUCAUCAGGGAAGUCCGGUACCAAACGUGGGUAGCAAGCCCAGUAAUGGUAAAGAAACCGAAUGGUAGUUGGAGAAUGUGUGUCGACUACAAGGAUCUGAACAAAGCAUGUCCCCGUGACUGCUAUGCUUUGCCAGACAUAGACGAGAAAAUAGAUUCUUUGGCAACGUUUCGGUGGAAAUGUUUUCUGGAUUGCUACAAAGGAUACCACCAGGUCCAGAUGGCUGUUCAAGACGAGGAUAAAACCGCAUUCCGCACGCCAACGGGGCUAUAUUGCUACACCAAGAUGCCGUUCGGCUUAAAGAAUGCAGGUGCUACGUAUCAACGAUUGAUGAACGAAACAUUCAGCGACGCCAUCGGUAAAUACAUAGAGGUAUACAUGGACGAUCUGGUAAUCAUGAGCAAGGAGGAGAGCGCGAUGCUGGCAAAUAUUCAGAAAACCUUCAACACGCUGCGCAGCGUGAGCAUCAAACUGAAUCCAGCAAAGUGCUCAUUCGGAAUGGAGGAACGAAAGUUUUUGGGCUUCAUAGUCACUAAAGACGGUUUUAAGGUGAACCCAGAAAAGGUCCAGGCCAUAGAGAGGAUGCCUUCACCAGCAAACGUCAAAGACAUGCAAAAGCUCGCAGGACGAUUGGCAGCACUCAAUCGAACCUUAACCGACCCAGAAACCAGAUACGCAAUCAUGGAAAAGCUUGUCCUUGCAUUGAUUCACGCAUCAAGAAGGCUGCGCCGAUAUUUCGCCAAUUACGUCAUCCACGCGUUAACAAAUUACAAUAUUGGGAAUAUCCUAGCAAGGCCGGAAAUAUCAGGAAGGUUGGCCAAAUGGGCGAUAGAGCUAGGGGGACACAACGUAGUCUUCAGACCACGACCGUCGAUCAAAGGCCAAGUUUUGGCAGACUUCAUGACGGAAGUCCCGGAUGACAAAGACAGAGAGUGUAAGGCGAUGGAGAAAGCGGAGAAAAAACAAACCGAAGAACCAUGGCUGCUGUAUACAGACGGUGCAUCCAACGAAGAUGGGGCAGGCGCGGGGCUACGGCUAGUAAGCCCUGACAAACACGAGUUCACUUACGCCAUACGCCUAGACUUCAAGAGCACAAAUAACGAAGCAGAGUAUGAAGCCUUUCUGGCCGGCUUGCGUUUGGCAAUCAAAAUGGGAGUCCGACAUAUUGAGGCACAUGUGGACUCCAUGUUAGUAGCAGGCCAAAUCAAUGGUCAAUACGAAGCCAAGGGCGACAUAAUGGCACUCUAUCUCAACCAAGCAAAAACGUUGCUGCAAACCUUCUAUUCUUACAAGGUGCACCACAUAAACCGCAGUGAAAACAAGCCGGCAGACGCCCUAAGCAAGCUUGCGUCAACAAGCUUCCAGCACCUAGCUAAAGACGUGCGUAUAGAAGUUUUAAGCAACCCAUCUGUCCCACUCCGAGAAGUCAGCGUCAUCCAAACAGGAACCACGUCCUGGAUGACACCCAUAAUCAUGUACUUACAGUCCGGGAUACUUCCAGAAAAUAAAGCUGAGGCGCGGAAAAUCCAGUAUAAAUCAGAACAUUAUCAGAUGGCGGACGGGAUAUUGUACCGAAAGUCAUAUCUCGGCCCGCUGCUAAGAUGUGUUGACGCCGACGACGCAAAUUAUCUGAUCCGGGAAGUACAUGAAGGCAUCUGCGGCAUCCACGCCGGGCCGCGCAUGGUAGUGGCAAAAGUAAUGAACGCCGGUUACUAUUGGCCCGGAAUGCACCUCGAUGCCGUGAAGGAAUUAAGAAAAUGCAGCGGCUGCCAACGGCAUGCACCAAAAACCAUGCGUCCAAAAAACGAGUUGGUGCCAGUAACAACCGCAUGGCCCUUUCAGCAAUGGGGCAUAGACAUGGUGGGCCCUUUCCCAGAAGCUCCGGGGGCAGUCAAGUUCAUCAUCGUCGCGGUCGACUACUUCACCAAGUGGGUGGAAGCAAAAGCACUUGCGUCAACCACAUCGGCAGUCGUUAAACGAUUCAUCUGGGAACAAAUCAUAUGCCGUUUCGGCCUGCCAAUCCGAAUCAUCACCGACAAUGGUACAAACUUUGCAGCAGAUGAUCUCGAACGAUGGUUCAAGGAACUAAACAUUGAACAUACCUUCUCGUCGGUCGCACAUCCGCAAGGGAAUGGUCAAGUUGAAGCAGUCAACAAGAGCAUCGUUGAUGGCAUCAAAGCAAGACUCGGUGAAAAAAGACGAGGAUGGGUCGACGAGCUACCAAGCAUAUUAUGGGCCCAUAGAACAAUGCCCAAGACAAGCAAUGGAGAAACACCGUUCAGCUUGAAAAACCGGGAAAACUGGCUCCCAAAUGGGAAGGCCCGUACAUCAUUGAUGAGGUCCUCGGCAAGGGGGCAUACAAGCUACGCACCAUGA